CAACAAUUAUUACAACAACUACAAGAACAAGCACCAACAGAUACAAGAACAACAAGUAUAUCAGCAGCCUCAAGUGCGACGAUGGCAGCCAUAAAUACGGUAUCCAAGAGCAUCCAUCUGCCGUUGUCGGGACUCAGCACACCGCGUGUGUUGAUGUGCAGUGCCUCAGUGGGCAGUGAGGGAUCUGUGACACUACAACUGAGAGAUGCCAGCAGCUUGGAGGCGGCAGACAGUACAACGACAACAACAGUAAUACCAACGACAACUGCAGCAACAACAACAUCAUUAGCAGCAGCAGCAGCAGGAAAAUCAACAACGAAUGGCGUCACAGCGCUUGAGGCAGCGCCAACAGCCGCUGGUGGCGCGUCAGCAUUAGAGAAUGCAUUGACCAUAGGCUAUCCGGAUCCGGAAAUGCUGGCAGAUGUUCUGGGCAGCAUACAGACAGCAUCUCUUAAAAAUAAUAAACACAACAGCCACAGCCACAACAACAACAACAACAGUAGCAAGCAAAGACGCAGCAGCCACGUUACAACGACAAGCAGCUCGAGCAUUAGUCUUCAUAAUCCCAAUAAAAUUACCAUAACGCGUCGGAACGCGAGCAACAAGAUCAGCGUGCAAACUGUGAGCACAUCGACGAACACGACCAUCAGCAGCAUCGGCGGCAGCAAGACUAAUUAUAUUAAGAACUGUCUAAUACGCAGCAGCAGCUGCAGCAACACGGCCACCAAUGUCACAACGCUGGCACAGAUUAUGAGCAACAGCAGCACCAGCAGCGCAGCCAGUUUACUCAAUCAGCACAACAAUAACAGCAACUGCAGCAACAGCAGCAACUUUAGCAACGCCUCAUCUGUGGGAAGCAGCAUUAGCAUUGGCAGCAACAGCAGCAACAGCAGCAACAGCAAUAGCAACGACAGCAACAGCAGCAAUUGUGGCCCCAGCUCCACUUUGAGUUUCAUCAAAACAAGCAAUGUGCGUAAUGUUGCAAGCGUAGUGACCACCACCAACAGCAGCAGUAGCAACAGCAGCACAGCAGCAACACCAACCUCCAGCAGCACAACAAACGGCAUUGGCAUUGUCACCGUUGACUGUGCGCCCCGAAAGAGUCGCCCCAAAUUAUCCUCGCCCACACGCCACGGACCGCAGCAGUGUCAGAUUUGUAGCAAAAUCUUUGGAAAUGCCUCGGCGCUGGCCAAGCACAAACUAACGCACAGCGACGAACGGAAAUACAUUUGUGCACUUUGCUCAAAGGCAUUCAAGCGGCAAGAUCACUUAAACGGACACAUGAUGACGCAUCGGAACAAGAAGCCUUACGAGUGUAAGGCGGAUGGCUGUGGCAAAUCCUACUGCGAUGCGCGCUCCCUGCGCCGCCACUCGGAGAACCACCACGGAGGCGCCAGCACGCCCAACAACAACCACAACUCACUCUCGCCCACAGUCAGCACGGGCAACAGCAAUAGCAACAGCAGCAGCGUGGGCGUGGGCACAGGCGUCGCCAACAGCACGCACUCCCUGUCGCCGGCCACGGCCAGCGGGGAUGCCAGCUCGCCAGAUGGCGCCACCUGCAUACGCACCUACAUUUCCACCGGCAGCUCUGUCGUGGAUGCCGCCACGGGCAUUGCGCUCUCCGACGAGCAAAUCAAGGCCAUGAAUCUGCCCAUCAAAACGGGAGUUACACUGCUCUCGCCCACGACUUCCACGUCCUCGAAUGCGUCAUCUUCCACCAACGCCUCAUCCUCCUCAUCCUCCUCCAACUCCACCUCCUCCUCGUGCUCAUCCUCCAACUGCAGCGUCAACGCCAGCACCAGCACCAAUAACAGCAACAUGCUAGCCAGCUCACCAUCUCACAUAACGCUGAGCGACGGCGCCACGCUCGAGGGCGAGGGUCUGACGCGUGAGCAACUCGAUCUCAUCAGCAAGAUCAUGCAGCAGACAAAGCAGACGAGUGCCCAGGUUACGGUCUCCUCGCCCACCAGCGUCAGCUCCUACAAGAUCAACACCGAGACCACUCCCGUACAGUCGCGUCCGCGCACUUGGAACAUGCAAUUGGUCAGCCCGAUGCCAGCGUUGAUUAAACAUUUCAAUAACGUGAAGCCGCCCCAGCUGAACAAUACGCAGGCGCAGACGCAGACGCAGAAUGUAACGGUUACGGUGGAGGACAACAGCGACAUGGGGGGCAGCGCCUCGGCGGCCACUUCACCCGUGGAGAUUAAGGAGGAUGAGCUGAGCCAGCAGCUGGUGGCAGCCAUCAAUCCGCAUCUGCUGAACAUUGUCAAGAUCGACAAGCCCGUGGAGUGCAAUCUCUGCCAUCGCAAGUUCAAGAAUAUACCCGCUCUCAAUGGGCACAUGCGUCUGCAUGGCGGCUACUUCAAGAAGGAUCCCGAGACGAAGCGCAGCGAGAAGAAGGAUUCCAACGGACCGCCGCUGCAGACGGCCAGCAUUGGCGUGCGUGCGCUCAUCGAGGAGAAGAUCAUCAGCAAGCGCAGCAAGGACAUAACCAAGGGCGCGUUUGUGGUGCCAGCACCACCCAGCAGCGGUAACCAGGCCAUUCUAACUACCAACAGCGUCAGCAACAUCAGCAGCAGUCUGCGUCGCUCCAUCAGCGAUCUGGAGAACUUUCUCAAUCCCAAAAGCAGCAGCAGCAGCAGCUGUCUCAGCCAGGCCUUGGCCGCCAGCUCCACCACCACAGCGGUGCUGCCUGCCGCCACCACCAUCAAGAGCACAAACGGUCUGAGCAUACAGCAGAUAGGCCUGCCCCAGAGCAUUGAAAUCUUCAGUGGUGGCCAGCGGCAGUCGAAGACUUUGAGUCUGGGCAGCGGUGCAAAUACAAUCACCAUAACCACUAAUAAUGUGCCUACGACCACGACGAUGAGUGCACUGACGGCACUCAAGGGCGGCGGCAGCAUCAGCAGCGUGCCCAGCAGCCAGGUGGAUCCCAAGGACUCCACGCUGAUUGAGCUGCUCAAGCGUGGCACGCGCAUUGCUGUCACCUCCAAGAAGGCGCAGACGCAGACCAGCACCAAUCUGCUGCUGAGCAGCGUGGGUGGCACCACCGAGCUGACCAGCAUUGGUGGCCAUGUCCAGACCGGACGCCAGAUCAUAACCAACAACAAUCGCACCGUUAUUAUACCCUCGGAUGUGCAUGUGGUCUCCACCAAGAGCACCAAGGUGAGCAACACCAGCAGCAGCAGCAGCAGCAGCAGCCUCUCGCUGCCCGACGGCACGCCCCUCUCUCUCACCAUUACGCCCACUCAGGAGAGUCUGGGCGUUGUAUCCGAGGAGGGCAGCAUUUCGGAUAGCGGCGGUGGCGUCUAUACGGUGACCUACACCAGCAAUGCGGAUGCCGCUGAUCUGUUUGAUGAUGCCGAGGUGUACAAUGUAUCGGAUACUGAGAUGUUGCUGCAGACUGUGGACACCAUGGAGCUGCUCAAUGCCGAUGAGGACGACGAGGCGCGCAAGAGCGAACAUUCCGAGGACUUUGCCUUGCUAAGCGAGUCGGGUGAGCAUCUCAUCAAGCUAGAGCCCGAUGUGGGCACCAACAACAACAACAACAACAGCAGCAACUGCGGGAGCAACAAUAGGACAGCGCUGCCCACCUUCCAACAAUUCCAUUCCAAGGAGCUCAUCAUGCAGAACAGCUCGCAGAUCCAGGCUAUAGCCAGCAUGCGCGCCAGCAGCAGCAGCAUGUUAGGCUCACCCAUGCACUCGCCGCUGACCUAUCCGACGCCACCCUCCAGCCACGAGAACAUGGCGCAAUCCUCGCCCUUUAUCGAGGAUGCAGCAGCGCAGUUCGUGGAUGCCAGUCACACGUUCUUUGGCGACAAGACGGACUUUUCGCAUGUUUACUUCAAGACCGACGAGGGCGACCCCAUGACGCAUUUGAGCGAGAACGACAACGAGAAGAUACUCAAGCUCAAGACGGUGCUGGAGGAGAGCAGCUUCGAUCAAUCCAUUAAAGUGGAGGACUUGCUAAAUGGCGCUGACGGCGACACCGAAUGCGAUCUGCGUGAAUUUGCCGAAACGAAUUUAUCGUUUCUCGAUGAGGACCAGGAGUUCCUUAACGAUUCACGCAACGCCACCUCACCGCUGUCCGAGUCCUUCUUUACCAGCGGCAUUGGCUCCGCCGAGGAUGUCAAGGAAGUGCUGCGCGAGGUGCUGCCCGAGGAGAACAUGCAACUGACGCUUAGCGAGCAACAGGGCGAGAACAUCAUUGAUCUCUACUACUUUCCCGGCCUGGGAUUGAAUUCACAAAUGAUGCCCAACUCGGACGAUCCCUUGUUGUCCUCAUCGCCACGCGAGUUUGGCCAACAGCGUCAGCUACUCCAGGCGGCGGCCCAAACAGCAGCAGCGACCACAACUGCUCAGCUGCAGCCAGUGCAAGGCAUGGAGCAAAUGCAAGCCAGCAAUCUGAUCUAUCAGCAGCAGCAGCCACAGCCGCAGCAGCAACAGUUGCUCAUGACACAGCAACCAGAGCUGGAGCCUCAGCAGCAGCAGCAGCAGCAGCAACAACAGCAAACAGAUUUUAUGUUGCCACCGUUUACACCCGUGCAAUCCAAUCAGACCCAUUACCUGGAUGCCAGCCAGCAACCCAUGACCCUGCAGCCCUUGAACAAUCUCAUGCAGCCCUUUUACGCCAGCAGCAAUUUAAGCCAAGAGAAGCAAGAGUUUGCCACGCUGCUCACCACCACCAGCGUUAAUCAGGCAACUACGUUGGACGCCAGUAUGUUGUUCACCUGCAACAGCGACAACAACAAGCCUUUGCUAGCAGCAGCAGCAGCAGCAGCCACGCCUUUGCCUGUGGUAACGCCCACGACAACUGUCACCAAUCUGCAGCCGCUGUCCAAUCAAACAAACUCCAUACUCAAGCGCCGCCUGCGCUCCAAUGGCGCCCAGGACACACACAAGUUCUCCAAGUUCCAUACGCUGUCGCCACAUCGCUCCAAGCUGCGCAAGCCAUCGCGCACCCACUACACGCCCUCGCCAAUACUCAAUCCGGAUCGCAAGGGCACUGGACUCUAUUGCAAUGUGCGCAAGCAGCUCGGCCAGGGCAUCUUUGAUGUGUUUGACGACUUCAGUGAUCCCGUCGGCCUGGUGGACUUCUCCGACGAGUCGAAGGUCAAUCUGGGCUCCACUUAUCAGGCCCAAAUACCUGCCUGCCGAUUGCAGGAGGAGUCCGCCAAGGACAGCUUGAAUGCGGACAUGAUGUGGGAUCCGAGCGUGCAGCUGGACGAGAAGAUACUCAUGCGCUACAUAGAUCUCAGCAAAUCGUCGGCCGUGCCCAUGGGCAGUCAUUCCGAGGAGGUGGCACUCCAAGCACUACUCGAGGGCAAGGGCAACUCAGCUGCCGCGGUGCUCACCCUGCUGCAGACCCAGUCCAGUGCAUUCCAAAUGAAGUGGACUGCCAGCGAGCUGGAGCAGUUUCUGCGCGGCCUGGAGAAGCAUGGCAAGGACUUUGGCAGAAUUGCCAGCGAGCUGCGUAGCAAAAGCUCUCGCGAGUGCGUGCAAAUGUAUUAUUUCUGGAAAAAGUUGUGCGUGGACUACAAGGUGUCGCAUCUGAAAAUGGAGCCAGUUACUCCCAUCACGCCGCCGGUGGACCAGAAGCCCUAUGUCUGCGAGAUUCCCGACUGCUCAGCCAAUCUUCAAUAAGGUGAAAAGUCGCAGCGCACACAUGAAAACCCAUCGCGUGCAGGACCCCGAGCAGUCCAAGCAACUACAACUGCAGCAACAACAACAACAACAACAGCAACAAUCAAACCUGCCAACAACUGUGGCUGCA